AUGAGUUCUCUAAGUAACAAGAUUAGGUACUUGGCUCCAGUACGGCAAAAAAGAACUUUAUUGCUUCUAAUAUGUGCAAUUUUACUAUUUAUAGCACUUGGAUCACUCAAAUCAUUGUCAUUAACGAAUUUGCAUCAAAAUAAAAAUACUGAGAUUGAUAUACAAUCAGAAAGACUGAAAAUAACUAAUCCUGGGUAUCGAAAUUUUGGCACACGGGAGCAUGAAAGUUCAAUGGGAGACAAAUGCACGCUUUAUUUUCAAGAUUUGGCCAAAUCUUCUUAUCCUGGUAUAAAUCUUCAAGAUAUGGAAGCAAAAGGCUUCAAUACGCUUGCGUACAGGAAAGACAAGUGGAUAAAAAAGUACAGACGAGACUUAAAGUUGCAAUUGAAGAGACAGAAGGCCCAAUACACAAAUGAACAUGACGCUGAAGGAAUGAGACGCCUCCUUGAAGAGAGUAUGAAGAUUGUACAAAUUGAAACGAAAAUGACCCUUGAUUUCAAUCAUAUGAGAGUCUUUGGAAGCUGUUUGGCUGCAAAUGCAAUUGAAAAUGUGAAAAAUGUCCAAUCCGUGGAGAGUGAGAUAUUCCCCUGGCUUUCAACCAAGUGCCCCAAAUUUGAAGAUAUGAGUGGGAAUGUUCUUGAAUAUGGGAAGACACCAUCCAAUUCUGAACUGAGUCCAUUCUCAGAGGCUGAGAAGAGGAGUUUCCUUCAAUAUUGGAAGGAUACUAGUAGCGGAAAGGGGAUAGUCAUACCUAUUACCAAGAAUGAAAAUAUUCAGGUAGAUCACAUCAAGCGACUCCUUAGAACGUUUUCUUCUUUAAAAAAUACACUCCCGAUACAGAUCUUGUACAUAAAUAACGAUGUUGGCUUUAAAGAAUCAAUAAUCCAAGCUGCUAAGGAAUCUAAUCAAGCUGUGUGGUUUGUUGAUCUUCUGCCUGUUAUCGCAUCUUCACUAAUCGAGAAUAAAAACGGUGUUGUAUAUUCACCGAACUUUAUCUUGGGCUUAUCGACCAUAUUUCAUUCCUUUGAGGAUGCAGUCAUAUUGUCGUAUCAGGCGAUUCCAUUGUUAGAAGAUUUUGCUAAUAAAUUGUUUGAAUCGGAGAACUAUUUGUACUACGGCUUAAAGUUUUUUAAAAAGCCUUCAUAUCAGACGUUAAAGAGGACGAAGUUCCCUGAUGGAUUCUUCGAAGUAACCAAUUUAAUAAGAACUCAACUUAUGCCUAACAAGGAUGAUUCACGUGUAUUUGGGAUGUUUCAGAGACUGGAAAAAAUCUCUUCAACGAAGAGAGUACUUGAAGAUACGUUCCAAGAGUAUAUUGAUCCAAAUAUGAUGGUUAUCAAUAAGGUUAAAGUUAUGAGUGGCUUGCUUGUUGGUUGCAAUUUACAAUUUUAUAGAAUGUUUAAUGUCAGAUUUGAUGAACAGUGGCCAGUACGUCAACCUGAAUUUCUAUGGUUGGGCCAAGAGAUUGCUGGUACCAAUCAGAAGGUGAACUUCAAUGCAUAUCAUGGUACUGGUAUGGGGGUUUUAACACCCGCAUUAAAAAAACCAACUAAGGUGGUAACCACCUCCGAAGAGCUCUGCUCAUCAUCUUGGGGCCAAAUCGAUGAAAAGGAUGCGUUUACGUUGUUGUAUUUAACGAGUCAUCAGGCUGAAAACUGGAAAAGCAUAAAAAAGUUUCAGUUAGACUUAGAAGAGAAGUUUGGAAUUCCAAUUACCAAAGAAAUAAAGAAUAACAUGGAUACAAGUGGGGACGAACCUGGAAUGCUUACGAUUACUGAUAACAAUUAUGAACUAUUCCGCAAUACAUUUGAAAAGAAUGUCUUGACUGUGAAUGAUGUAAUGAUUCCUGCUACGAUAAACAAAAAUGCAGGUGAAAUGAACUCUGUAGAGCCAAAAUUUGCUUGGUUGCAACAAAGGGAAUUUGGUGCAGGUGGGCAUAUGUAUUGGUGUUGUUAUAAUGUUGUGGGUAAAGUAGGUAUUGGUAAGGAAGGAAUGAUCAUAAAAUAUAGUGAGCAAGAUAGAGAGAGGAUGAAUCGGAUUACGAGUGUAUGGAUGAAAGAUGUGUAG